AUGAACGAUAAAUUGCCGAGAGCAGAUGACUUGGAAGCCACUUGGAACUUUGUGGAGCCCGGUAUCGGGCAGAUCCUGGGCCGGGAUGGGUCGCCCCAUGCAGGGCGAGUGCAGAAACUGCUGUCAGCUGCGAUGUACAUGGAUGUCUACACGGCUAUCUACAACUACUGCGUCAACAAGUCGCGGUCCACCGGGCAUUUUCAGUCGGACUCGGCGCAACGGCAGUCGAACCAGUCAUCGAUCCUGGUCGGAGGGGAGAUAUACGAGAAGCUCAAGGCUUACCUGCAUGACUACAUUGUGAACCUGAGCAAGGACCCGGACGAGACGUUUCUGCAGUUCUAUGUACGGCGGUGGAAGCGGUUCACUAUCGGCGCGGUAUUUCUAAACCACGCGUUCGAUUAUAUGAACCGUUACUGGGUGCAAAAGGAACGCAGCGACGGUAAAAGGAACAUCUUCGACGUGAACACGCUUUGCCUGAUGACCUGGAAGCAAGUGAUGUUUGACCAGCAUUGCCAGGGGCUUGUGGACGAGAUUCUGCAGCAGCUCACGCUGCAGCGGGACGGCCGCAUAGUGAACCAAACAGAUAUCACCACAGCUAUCAAGUCGUUCGUCGCACUGGGAAUUGAUCCAUCGGACUUGAAGAAGCUGAAUCUAAAUGUGUAUAUUCAAAACUUUGAAACUGCAUUUUUGAAUAGCACGCGCGAGUACUAUAGAAAAAUGUCACAAGAGUAUCUUCAAACGCACUCCGUCACCGACUACAUAUUUGAGGCUCAUUCCAGGAUUGCAGAAGAGGAGAGCAAGAUAGUAUUAUAUUUAGAUGACCACACAAGAAAACCUUUAUCUGACACAUUGAAUGAAGUCCUUAUUGCGGAGCAUGCAGAGGAGCUCAAAAGUGAAUUCAUUUUGCUUCUCAAAUCCCGGGAUGAAACAAAAAUAUCAACACUGUAUGAGUUAAUGCAAAGGGACUUCACACUGCUACCGGAGCUUGCCAAGUCUUUUGAGGAGCAUGUAGAGGACGUUGGGCAAAGCGAAGUAAGGAAAUUGCUAGAGUCGCACAAGGAAGCUUCCAAUUCAGACAGUGGCAAGAAGGCGGCUCCAUUGUCUCCAAGAGACUACAUCAAGACGUUAAUUGACGUCCACGUGGUGUUCUCGGUGCUUACAGACGAGUGCUUCCAGAAGUCGCCACUUUUUGCCCGAGCCCUUGAUAGUGCCUCCAGGCGGUAUAUUAAUAACAACCAGUUCGCCCUUGCACCAGGCUCAUCUAAAAAUACCACCUCAAAGACACCAGAGAUGUUGGCGAAGUACAGUGACCAGUUAUUGAAAAAGAAUAAGAAUGGUACCGAUGGUGAUAAGGACAUGUCAGUGGACGAUAUUAUGACGAUAUUCAAAUUUCUCACGGACAAAGAUGCCUUCGAGUAUCACUAUAGAAAGAACCUCGCAAAACGCCUCAUCCACGGAACCUCGACCUCGGAGGAAAAUGAGGAGAUGGUCAUACAGCGACUACAGAGCGAAAACAGCAUGGAAUACACCGGCAGAAUAACCAAAAUGUUCCAAGACGUGAGGUUAUCAAAACAGCUCGGACAGGAGUUCGACAGCCAGAUUAAGAGUGAACCUGAUUAUUCAAAGGAAAGAUACCCAGAGUUUCAGCCUUUUGUACUUGCGGAGACUAUGUGGCCGUUUCCCUACCAGGAAGUCGAGUUUAAGCUUCCGCAGGAAUUGGUGGCCGAGCAUCAGAAGUUGGUUGAUCUGUAUGUGAAAAAGCAUAGCGGUCGGGUCUUGAAGUGGUUGUGGCCUCUAUCGCGCAGUGAACUCCGUGCAGAUAUCGGUAGGCCAGGAAGGCCUCCAUUUCAUUUCACUGUUACUCUUUUCCAAAUGGCUAUCCUAUUAAUGUUCAACGAGAACGACACAUUAUCAUUUGAGCAAAUUCAGGAAGGAACUAAUCUCACGACCCAACACAUCAUUCUUUCUAUGCUUCCCUUCAUUAAAAUGAAACUACUUCAUCAGAGCCCACCUGGGCUAGAGAGCAUGGGGCUCCUCGGCACACAAUACAAGCUAAACCUGCCAUAUAAGCUUGCUAAAAGUAAGGUUAACUUCGCAGCAGGUGUGAAGGGCGAUGUUAGCCUCUCAGGUUCUGGCAAAGCGGACAACAUGGAUUCGGAUAAUAUCAACAAAGAACUAAACAAAGAAAGACAAUUGUUCCUGGAGGCUUGUAUCGUCAGAAUUAUGAAAGCAAAGCGGGUCGUCUCUCAUGCCACUUUGGUGAACGAAUGCAUAGCCGAAUCUCACCAACGGUUCAAUGCAAAGGUAUCUCUAAUCAAGAAGGCCAUCGACAACUUAAUUAGCAAGGAAUACCUACAGCGCUCGCGGGACGGCGAAUCUUACGAGUACCUGGCAUGA